CGACGCGUCAGGUGUAGUGCCGAAACGAAAUGCGCCUGUGCGGUGGUGGCCGCGCAGUAGCAGCAGGAGUAAUACUACAUUAUUAUCGGUUACGGUGCUUUAAGCGCGGUCCCAGGCGGCUGGCAAGAAAAGUAAGCAGCGGUAUCUAGGGCGCCGGAGGAGGAAAAUGGCGGAGCCAGGGACACCCCGAACGUCUCCCUUGUAUUCGCGGGCUUCAGCUGUGGAUGGAUUUCUGAAGACUGAUGAAAGACAAAGAUUAGCCAGAGAAAGAAGAGAAGAAAGAGAAAAAUAUUUUGCUGUCAGAGAGCAGCAAAUCUUAGAAAAAGAAAGAAGAGCAAAGCUUCAGUAUGAGAAACAAAUAGAAGAAAGAUGGAAGAAGUUGGAGGAGCAGAGGCUGAGGGAGGAGCAAAAGAGGGCAGCUGUGGAAGAAAAGAGAAGACAGAAGCUUAGAGAAGAAGAGGAACGAUUAGAGGCUAUGAUGCGGCGUUCCGUGGAACGAAGUCAGCAGCUAGAGCAGAAACAGAAGAGGUGGUCGUGGGGAGGAGGACUGGCUGCAGGCUCAGGUGACAGAGAUGCAUGUGACAAACUUUCAGUUUCUACAAUGAAUCUGCCAAAGCAAAUGGAAUCGCCUAUCAAUAAACGUCUUUCCUCCUCCACAGCAACAAUAACUUAUUCCCAUGAUAAAGCUCAUCGCAUGCAUCUUAGUCCAAUGGAAAAUUUUAUCAUUUCUCGACUAUUGACUCCUACACAUGCUUCUUUAGCCAGAAGUAGAAGUACUUUAAUGCUUUCUGAGAGGUAUACUGAUUCAGUAUUCCAUAUCUGUCCUCGUGUAGCACCAGCCAGCCCUCUUAAAACUUCUUACAAGCCUUCCCACACUCGAGGUGUGGAGAAAAAGAAAGCAGCAUCUGCUUCCAUAUCAGAUUCAAUGAAGGGAGCAAGUACAAGUGAAGUCUCACAGAAUGAGAAGAAAAAGAAACAAUCAACAACACCUGGCACAUUAUCUGGUUUUGGAUCUCCUCUUAAAAAAUCUGAAUGUCCAGCAGUUGUAUCUAAACAAUCAGCUUCACCUGCAACUCCAAAAUCAGUCUCAAAGACUUAUCCACAGUCUCCCAAAAUUAAUAAAACAUAUCCAGCUUCUCCUGUGAAAAAUCGUACAACUUCAAACUUGAACCAAGGAACUCCUAAAAAAAGGACAGCAAAAGUUAAAGACAGUCAGCGGGAAAAUAUUAGUCAAAAAAUUCAAGCAUCACCAGCUGAAGCUGUAAAUCAGUCUAGUGCUGAAAAAUCUUCUAUAGGAAAAAUGGAAAACACUGAAGGGAAACAUGUAGCAGGGACUACUGAUGCGGAAGAAGCAACUAGAAUUCUAGCAGAGAAGAGACGUCAGGCUCGACUUCAGAAAGAACAAGAAGAAAAGGAAAGGCAAGAAAGAGAAAAACUUGAGAGGCUAGAAAAAGAAGAGCUGAAAAGAAAAGCAGAGGAAGAGAGGACUCUACUGGAAGAAAAGGCUCAUAAAAGAGAAGAGGAAAGGAAAUUGGAAGAGGAAUUAGCAAAAAAAAAAGCAGAAGAUGAAACAAGAAAAAGAGCUGAAGAAGAACGCAAACUGAGAGAAAAGCAAGAAAAAGAAUGGCAAGCUAUGCUUGAGAUACAGAAAGAAGCAGCAGAAGCUAAAGCACGAGAGGCAGCUGAACAUUUACGUUUAGAAAAGGAACAAAUUAUGCAGCAGAUAGAGCAAGAAAGACAAGAACGAAAGAAGCGAAUAGAUGAAAUAAUGAAAAGGACAAGAAAAAAUGAAAUAGCAGAAAUCAAGAAAGAAGAUACAAAAUCAGAUGAGCCAAGAAUCUUGAAUGUGGAUCAAUAUCCCAACUCACUUACCCUUAGUCAAGCAGAAAUUAAUGGAAUAACAAAUUGCAAAAAUACUAAAGGUGUUGAAUGUGCCGUGUCUGAAUCUUUUCCUUGUGAAGUAUUUUCUAAUGGUCUUAAGCCACUUAUGGGCCUUAUUCAACUAGAUGCAAUGGAUGGAAAAUCUCACAGCCUGGAUGAGUCAACAGAUGAAGUUCAGUCUAUGGAUGUGAGUCCUGCUUCAAAGGAAGAACUUAUAUCUAUCCCUGAAUUUUCACCACUGAAUGAAAUGAUGCCAGGAAUUACUUUGGACCAAAAUGGAUCAAAUAACAGGAAGGCUCUUGAAGAACUCCUAGAUUUUACUGGCCAGGCCACUUACCCAAAAUUAACAAGUGAAAGUAUUAGCAUAGAUGAUUGUAAUAAAAAUUUGAUUGAUGGAUUUAAUAGCCCAAGCCAGGAGACAACACUAAGUACUUUAUGUUGACAAAUACAUCGCUACAUAGCAACAAGCAGAGGAAAUUGAGAAUAUAGAACUCUCUCAAUGCUGCUAUUAUCAGUAAAACAAGAGCCUGUCAUUUUAAGAAGCUGCUACAGUCUGCAAUACUGGAUACCACGAGCUCUGCAUUGAAUUUACAGUCUUCCCAAAUGAAUUGCUGAGUAGUCACAAUAAAAAGCGGGAUUUUUUAAUAGUUUGAGGAACUUUGGUGGGAGUUUUGUUUAGAAUAUGGCCUAGUGAAAAUGUGGGUCCUAAACUUCUCUCUCAAUGGGUUCCAUUUAUUUUAAAAGAAAAAAAUAAUUUUGUCACUGAAACAUGGUAUGUAAAUGAUUAUUAAAAUGAAAUAUUGCCAAUAUGCUUGUUUUUACUGAAGGCCCAUCUUAAUGUCAUUUUAUAAAUAUUUCACUGAAGCUCUAUAAUUGAAAAGGUUUGAAAAAUAAUAUGCAACUGUUGGAAUCCAACUAUCUUGAAGACAGUGUAGAAUUAGAAUUAUCCCUCAUCAACAUGUGGCACAUAACAGAUUUUAUGUUGUUUUAAUCCAUAACUUAGUUAGCAUUACUCUGUGAUGACAAUAUAUGCUAAAAUUAGAAGGUCUUUAUUACAUGGGUCUAAAACAUAUUUAAGUUUGUUUCUUUGGGAUAAAAUAUUGCUACAUUUAAUUAUGUAUAUUAUUAUAUAGACAUGGCAACAUACUAUUAAGAUGUAAUUACGAAUGCAGAAAAUUAUAUUUAUCCAACAUGAUAAACUGUUAGCAUCUUUCACUUAACAAAUGUGACCGAAGAAAAGUUCUUGAGAUAAUCGAUAUCUUAAAAAACCAUAGCUCAGAUAAGCAUUUUAAGAGCUGUUGAUUUUAACAAGCUCUUAUCUAGAUUUUUUUUUGUUAAAAAUCAAUGGAACUUGUAAAGGUUUUAAUUUAUCUUGGAAUUUGGCAUAAGCAGUUUCAGUUUUCAGUGACCUCAUUAAUGCUGUGGUCUAUGCUGCCCAGGGAGGUCAAUGUUUGUCCUAUUCUAUAAAACCAAAAAAUUUGCUAAAGCUAAUGAAUUUUUUUAUGUUAGACUGUGUUAAACUAUAACUCUGUUCUUGUGUCUUUAAAAAAUGACCUGUUUAAUAACAAAAAUAUGUGACAAUAUACAUUGCUUACAAUAGUUAUAUUAAUGUAUUUCCACAAAAGUAAUUCCUUGUUGGCUUGCAAAUAUGUUGUAGCAUGGUACAGUGUCUUUCACGUUAAUCCUGCAAUUUCCAUCUUACACAAUAAAAUAUAUCAACCUAUCAUAUAUGGCUAUGAUAC